AUGAAGAGCAGGGAAACCCCACUAGAUCUCAACACUCUACCAGAGGAUUUCAUCUGGGACCAUAGCAAACAACUACUUGGUGACACUUCUUCUGCUCAUGUAUCUGGGUCGACAGUAUCCAGAAGAAGCAGGAACCGCAGAAAAGAUGAAAGAACGAAGGUUUACGAGUGUAGGUUUUGCUCCCUCAAGUUUGGCAAGUCUCAAGCCCUCGGGGGACACAUGAACCGACAUCGCCAAGAGAGGGAGACAGAAACACUAAACCAAGCUCGUCAACUGGUUUUCAGUACUGAUAAUCUGCUACCCCAACCCCCUCAUGAAGUAGGUGGGCAAUCAGGAGUAAAUGGAGGCUAUCAUUAUCCAUCCGGCUUUACCAUCGGUAGUAUCGUCUACCCUACAAGACUCUUUUCUGGCACUUCCACCACAAUGUUACAUCAACUACCACAAUCUUAUCAACAUGUGUAUUCUUCCCUACCAUCUCGCCUGAAUAUCACCUACUCGUCUGAACAUUAUAAUUCGCAAUUGAUAAACGACUACUUUGCAGACCAGUAUGUCUCCACUAACCGACAUUCAGCUUCCAAAAUUUAA